AUGAGCUGUCUGCUGGGCCCCCUCUAUCUGCUGAUGCUGUUUUUGCCACCCCUCAGUCUGGCGGCCCCCCUCUCUCCAGCUGAGCCCAUCAGUCAAGCAUAUAGCCUGGCCCUCUACAUGCAGAAGAAUACAUCAACGUUGCUGCAGACCUACCUCCAAUACCAGGGCAGCCCCUUUAGUGACCCUGGUUUCUCAGCCCCUGAGCUCCAGCUCAGCAGCCUGCCUCCUGCUGCCGUUUCCUUCAAGAUCUGGCAUGCCCUGGAUGAUGGGGAGCGGCUGAGCCAGGCCAAGGGAGCCUUCCUGGCCUUAACCCAGCACCUCCAGCUCGUGGGGGAUGACCAGAGCGACCUGAAUCCUGGCAGUCCCAUCCUGCUGGCCCAGCUUGGGGCUGCGAGACUCAGGGCCCAAGGGCUGCUAGGCAACAUGGCUGCCAUCAUGACUGUCCUGGGGCUGCCUCUCCCCCCAGAAGAGGACACUCUUGGGCUUGUCCCUUUUGGGGCAUCAGCCUUCGAGAGGAAAUGUCGAGGCUAUGUAGUGACCCGGGAAUAUGGCCACUGGACAGAUCGAGCAGUGAGGGACUUGGCUCUGCUCAAGGCCAAAUACCCAGUGUAG